GUCACUGAAAAUGUUGAGGAUGCCAUUCAGAACAAUCAAGGAUCCCACAUGAAGGCCAACCGAAAUUAUCCGACUGUCCGCAAUGUUCCACUUCCCUUUUAUACAUUAGCGGGAUCGCCUUCAAAAAUGCCCCAUUCACGUACCCUCGUGCACUACUUUCGCCGUUUGAUACAACUGCUAUCAAUUGUUGUGGGGACUUCUUCAGCUGUAGCUGCGCUGUGGUCGCUCCUUCUGCUCCCUUUGCUCCAUGCGACAUUCUCUGCUAGGAAAUCACUCGUCGAAGGGCAAAUGCAGCCCAUGGUCACACUCUUGGAAAAAGUAAUUGGUCUGCGAGCAAAGCUCUCUCACUUUUCCUCGCUACAAUCGGAUAAGGGUGUCGAGGGUGAAUGUGUCGAAGCGGACUUGCCAACCGUUACACCUAUCAGAGAGAUCGAAUCUUUCGCGGCCUCCACAGGCUCUAGAACAGACUCUGGCAUGUCAACCGCAAUAUUCCCCUCUUUGGGCUUGCGGGCGCUUUCCCAAUCCAUUCACAACCUCACUGCUAUGCUCGAUGCGACAUCAACCACUAGGAUCUCCCUUAUAUCUACUCUCGAAUCAUACACAUCACAUGUCCAUCGACAGCUGUUUUUGGCGAAACCUCCGGGGUAUACGAAUGAUAGGUUCAUGGUUGGACUAGGGACACUGAGCGAAAAUCUGAAAAAGGAAGGCGAACAUGAGAAAAAGGGUGAAGAGUGGGACGCUGUGAGAAAGGAAGUGAGAGCUGUCAAAGGGCAAUUGCUGAAUAGGAGAGCUUUCACUUCCAAUUUUGGGAGCAAGUAGGCUGGAGAAGAGGAGUAACUUGGUUCGGACGUGAUGAAACCUCUGCAACUCUGCAUGUUUUGUGGAUAAGAUACAUGGUUGCACAAUACAACGACGAGUCAUGUUACAACAAAUCUCUGGACAGGAGAACAUUAUUGAUACCUCCAUGGUCUAUCCGGAAACUUUACCUCUGUACAUUGUAUUUUAUUUCAGUAGCCCCCGCACUCCUUCCAAAGGCUGCCCCCAUAGCUCUCCCUCCCCAACCCACUCCCGCCCCAGCUUUGGCACCCACAGCUCUCAGUCCGUCUUUGGCCUGCUCGAAAUACCCCAGAGUGGCGCUCGUGGGUGACGAUGUUCUCCGUGCGCUAUUACGAUUCUCCAAUGUUGGUCGGUGUGAGACGGCUAGAUCGCGAGCUACGGCUGUGGCUGGUGUUGUAGAGGGUGCAGGUGCAGGUGGGGGAGAGGCCAGUCGUAUAGGAUGGCUUGGGGGGGAGGAUGGCGCAAACAGAUCGUUCGGUGCAGGAGGAGCUAUCAUAAUCUAGAGAAGGAUUCAGUGAUGAACUCGUAUCAAGGACAUAAUU